AGAUUGCCACUACAUGUCAACAUUAUCACCCAAUAACCAUGAAAAAUCAAUUUUCAAUUUAGAAAAUAAAUUACAUUUAAUUUAAAGAAGAGGCCAAGUCAGAAUACAUUCAAAAGCUUCAAGGAUGUAUGUGAUCUAUGUUGGUUUUUUUCUCACAUAAUAAAAAAUAAUCGGUUUGAUAAAAUGUUGUAUCUGAACUGUUUAAAACAGUUUAUGAACAUUAACUUACUGAGAGAGGUGCAUGCAUAAGGAAAUUCCAUGACAAGGAUUAUCAAUUCAACAGAUCAACUGCAGCUAUGGUUCGAAUUAAAGUGAUCAAGGCCCACAGUGCCAGUGUUAACAGCUGUGAGUUUUAUGACAAUGACCAGAAAAUUUUGACUUGCUCUGAAGAUAAAACAGUGAAAUGCUUCAAUGCAGAUGAUGGUCUUUGUAUAAAGACCUACAAAACUAAGCACAAGGAAACUAUAUCAGAGGCUCGAGGAACCCCCGACAGAUCCAGGUUCGUAACCAGCAGUCUUGACAAGGCAGUUCACUGCUAUGAUGCUGAAACUGGCAAAAUGCAUUGGUCGGGUAUCCACGCUGGCAUGGUGCUGUGUUGUAGGGUGUCAAACAAUGGACGGCUUGUGGCCUCAGGUUCAGAUCUUGAUAACUGCCUGAAAGUGUGGGACACACACACAGGACAAGUCAUACAUAGCAUCGAGGAUCUCCACAGCAGUUCAAUCACGAGUGUCAUGUUUGCACCAGAUGAUGACAAGGUGAUCACCACGUCCAUGGACAGGAGGACCAUGUUCUUUGACCUGAAAACUAGGAAGGUCACAAUCACACUCGAGGGCCACAUUAACAUUGUAUCGUGUUGCGACAUGACAAAGGAUGAGCGCAGGUUUGCCACUGGUGCCUGGGACAAGAACAUGUGUAUCUGGGACAUCGCGACAGGCACAUACCGCUCCAAGGGACCCGUGAGACUUAGCGCUGCUCAUGAGGGGUCCAUCACCUGCUGUAAAUUCAGUCCUGAUGGUGGGAUGUUGGUCUCAGGCUCCUGUGAUAACAACCUCGUGGUCUGGGACAUGGAGAAUGAAAUACAGAAAAUAAAACUGCAGGGUCAUUCAGGCUGGGUGGAAGAUGUAUGCUUCAGUCAGGACCAACGAUGGCUCAUGUCUUGUGCAAGGGAUCAAACUGUUCGCCUCUGGAAUAUUGAAGACUCAGACAAAAUCCCAAUAGUGCUGGAGAAGAAGCGAGCAGUAGGAGUCAAAAUACAGAAGUGUGAGCAGUGUGGUAAGCCGUUCUCAUUGGCCCAGUUGGAGGACCAUUCAGACAUCACAAAGUGUGUCUUUUGUCGUGUGCACAGCUCAGACCUCUACCUACAAAACAUGAAAUCUGGACUCUCCGAGAAUGAAACUUAGGGACUCUGAAAUAAACCAUGCUCUGGAAAAACAGGGUUUAAUGCAGAUGCGUAAAGUGUUGUCCCAGAUUAGCCUCUCCAGUCAGCACAGGGUAAUCAGGGACAGCACUCUCCACCUAAACUGGAUUUUUGCUAAGAACAUACUUCCUGUAAACAAAAAUACCAUGAAAGGGAUAAAGAGUAGUUCCUGUUUAGCCUGUGCAUACCGAACAGGCUAAUCUUGGACGACUUUUUACGCACAUUCAUUAACCCCUGUUCUCCCACAGGGCGGCCAACAUGUAUUGUUUACUUUUGUAGAAAACGAAAACGUUUUUGAGAAAACAGUGGAAUUUAAGAACAUCAGUGUCCUAUUUUUUUCUUGAAAUGAAAGUCGCAUCAUUUAUUUUGAGCACAGCCUUGACCUCCAGCUGCACAACAUGCCAGCUGGACUAAAAAAAUUGAAACUUGAAUAUGGAAAUUAAAAAAUUUAAUCAAAGGAGGGUGGAGCAUACCUGCACAACAUAGACAUGUAAAGAGGACACAACAUUUUCAUGGUUUAUCACUUAAUACUUGGGAUCAGGAGAUUUCUGAUUUCGAUCUCCCCUCAGGCGGCCUUCUCUUGAUCUUUCCAAAGACACCAAGUACUGGCUCUUCUCUGGUAAAGGUUAUAACAUUUGGGUAUGGCAGACAGGCAGCUUUGUUUAAGAGACUUUUUUUGGUCAAUUAGUGCUGUUUGCAUUAACUAAUCUUUAUAAAACACAAAGCAACCUGCAUGGAAACCAAGCUUUGGAUUGUAUUUGGGUCAUGGCCAAGGUAAAUUUACUUAAUAAAGUAACAACAUUUUGCGCUUGACGACUUGAGUUUUUAUGAAGAUAUUUCAUUCAGAACCCAUAAGGUGAAUAUUGAGGUCAUUGUUACUAGGAAUAUAAUGACAGCAAACAGGUGGCUUAAGGUAAAUAACUUUAAUAUACAUUUACCAAUGAAACUCGAAAUAUUGUGAGCUUGCAUGAAAAUAUUGCUUCAGAAUGCUUUAGGGCAUGUUAGGUCAAGGUCAAGGUCACUGUUUGCUCAACAGUUUCAGCUCAAUAACUCGAGUGCGUAAGUAGCCUCCAUGAGGACCUAUCUGGCAUUGCAGUUGGGGCCAUUCAGGUUUAGGUCAGCUUGAGACUCCUGGUCAUGCUCGCUCACACUUAUGCAUCAUUUAAUGCUAUGAGCUUGAUGAUGGCAAACUGUGAUAUUUGUGAUUUAUGAUAAUUUUUAUUUAGUACCGUAUGUGCUUUUAUUGUGUAUGUUUAUUCAUGUUUUUGACAUGUGUUGGAUUAUUUAUGUAAAGUAUUGUUUAAAAUAUAAUUCAAAGCUGUUAAAA